AUGGUCAUGUUGAGCGGGGAAUCGGUUGAUGCCAGUCUUGGUUCUAUGGCCGGCUUAUCGCCGAAGCACGACGUUGCACAACGUCGUCGCACGCAAUCAAAAUCUCCGCGCCCUAGUGGAGUCUCAUUCACGGCGAAAAGGAUCUCCCAUACGUGUUGA